GGUGUUAGGAUAAAAAUUUAUCCCCGGACUAUCUGUAGGGAAAUAUGAUUGUGUUAACACCGGUUGAAGAAAAAACAAAAGCGACAGAAAUAAAUUUAAAAAGAAAUAUAACGUAGGAAGAUGGGGGAACCACAGCAAGUGAGUGCGUUUCCUCUACCCCCGAUGCAGUAUGUUAACCAAUAUACUGAUGAGAAUGUGAAAAGAGGCAGGGUGCCACACCCUCCACCAGCCAUUCAGGACACAUACACAAUGUUUGGAAAUACAUUCACAGCCGAUGACAUGAUUGUACGACCCUUAGAAUCUCAGGGCUUUAGACGUCUUCAUCCGCAGAGUUAUGAUCAUAAGCGUGAGCUAAAGAAACUGAAUCAUUCUAUACUGGCAAACUUCCUUGAUUUAUUAGACAUUUUAAUCAAAGCGCCGGACUCGCCGAAAAGAAACGAGAAAUUAGAAGAUCUGAAUCUUCUGUUUAUUCAUAUGCAUCAUCUCAUUAAUGAGUUUCGUCCGCAUCAGGCGCGAGAAACUUUACGGGUAAUGAUGGAGCUGCAGAAGAAACGGCGGCACGAAGUAGCUGAAAGGUUUCAGGUACAUUUAGAUAAAGUGACUGAGUUAAUACAGAAAAGUCUGGUAGCUUUGCCCGAUGAAUUCAGUUUGGACUCGAAAGUUUUGGUAAAAAGUGAGAUUUUAACCUCGGAAAUGGACGAGCCGGACCAAAGGCGGGAUAAUGAAGAGUGUGACCAGCUGGAUAGAAUGAUGUGUGACAUUGUGGAUGGUUUAAACUGAAUCACAACUGAAAAUUUUUCUGGUUCAAUUAGCAUUUUCAUAAUUAUAUUGCUGCUACAUGGAUAAAUCACUUCUAAAGGCUGAAUUAAAUUACAAGUAUUUAAUUUAGAUAGGACUGAUCAUCCAUUAAGAAUAAGAUAUGUUGCAUAUUGUAAUGCCAGAUUGGCAUUUGCUGUGAAACCUGUACUUUAGUAUGGGUGAAUAUCACAUGGAGAUUCUUGUUAUCAUUUUAAAAGACUUGUAACAGCUGUAGUAUUUUGAAAAUCAUUCAUGCAAUAUAAAAAUGGUUCAAGAAUCUGUACAUUGAGUUCUGUAGCACAUGAGUUGUAAUUAAACUUAUGAUUAGAAUG